UUAGUGAGUUUUAGGUGUACAUGUUUAUCCUUCAUUUUGAUGUGCAGGGAGAUUCAAGGUUACGACAGAACAUUGGAAAAUGAAAUGAUGCAGUUUUUUGAGUAUAUUCAGACACCUUUCACUGAAACACUAAAGAUCUUGAAGGAAUAUUCCGACAACAGUAAAAGUUCAAAACAUGUAAUUACCGGGACCUGUCGCAAAAAUGAUAAUCUUUUGAAUUAUGUCCUUGGAUACAGGCAGAAUGAAUCUGCAUAUCAGCUGAGUAUAGAAGAAAUCAUAGGCAAUAACCUGAAAAUGUGUAUUUAUGAUAAAGACAACUCCACAUUCAAUGAUAUUGUUGGGAUUUGCCUGAAAAAAAGCCAUAUACGUAAGGUGCCAAGUGCAGCUAGUAAAAAGUUAGGCAUCGACGACAGCACAGAUGGACAUUUAUUUGACUGCAAUUUGAUACAAAAGAUUUUACAGCCAACACUAACAACGGCUAUAGGUUCCACUGUUAGGAUGGAAGUUAAACGAACUCCAUACUUACAGAAAACAAUACCAGAUGGGUGGUGGUUUUUGUUCGGUUCAGCAGUGGGAAUAAUAGCAUCGUCAACUGUUUUCUGUACUGUUUGGAAAUACUCGGUCUAUAAGAAAAGAAAAACUGAAAAACAAAGAAAACAUACCAAAGAAGAAAACGCCUCUGUAUAUCAAGAUAUUGACGAGUACGAAUUGAUGCCCAUCUACAGAGAUCCUGCAAAGAAAGAACGAUUAAUGGGUCCUAGACAAAUCUUGCCUGGUACAUACGCAAUGCCCGAUGACAAAAUUAAAAGCUUAGGAAACAAAUCAGAUUCUGUUCUGAAUGCAAACAAAGAUGAGAAUCAUCAGGAAACAAAAAUGACACACACCGGGCAGUCUAAUGGUCAUGGACUAGUCUCAGAAUCAAAGGAAAAUACGGAAAAUAAUCCAUACUUUGUUUUGGCAAAAGAAACAUCAGGUGUAAGGAAUCCUGAAGAAACUGAGGAUCAAGAGCCGGACUCCGUUAUGGAUGCCAUCAAAGAUUUCGAUGUGGAGUCAGAGAAAACAAAGAUGACACACACUGCCCAGUAUAAAAGUAAUGUGGAUUUUGAUGGACUCAAACAAGAUCAUGGAAUGGCCCCAGAAUCACAGAAAAAUACGGAAAAUAAUCCUUACUUUGUUUUGGCAAAAGAAACGUCUGGCUUACGAAACCCUAAGGAAAUUGAAGAUCCAGAUGCUAACAGUGAAACUCUUGAUGAGGAAGUUGCCUUGUCUAUUUCUUAUAGUUGCCCAGCGGAUGCCAAGAAACAAUAUGAAGACAUUGUUAAUGAGAACAUUACCUCUUUGAGUGAUGAUUGUGAUGGAAAAAACGAUAUUAACGACACGUACUUUGUCAUUGAUUCUAUGGCAAGUUCAACUACUAUAGAUGUAUAAAGAAAAUAAACUUGACUUUUCGUAACACAUGUAUAAUUUUAUUUUUGAAUUGUGGAUCUUUUACUUUUUUAUCCUAUUUUAAUAAGUUUAUUUAUAAAAUUCGGAAGUCACUACGACUUUGCAUUUAAAGAUUUGUACAGAAACAUUCUUUAUAAAUAAAAUGUCAAAUAUAUUUCUUUUUCAAAAAGGGUUUUUUGUACAUGUCUUG